UGCAUUAAUAUCUGAGAAUGGUAAUUCACUGCGUAAAGAUAAAAAGUAAAUCCCCUUGGACUAUGGUAUAUUCCGUGCUAAAAAGGUAUAUAAGAAUAUAUCCUCAUUGAACACCAUAUCAGUCUUCAAGACAAGUAUCUAAUACAUAACUAAAAACAUUAUUAAUAAAAACACGAUGAAGUGUGUACUUUUUUCUAUUUUCUUAUUCGCCAUUGUUGCUAGCAUUAAUUCUUCUCCAAUUGGCCAAGAACAGCCAAAAGUUGAUGAACCAGAUGUAUUGAUUCCUGAAGAUUAUAAUCCAGAACAAAAAGAGGAACACUCCAGAGUAAAGAGAUUUACCUGCGACGUACUCAGCGUGGAAGCGAAAGGUGUCAAGUUAAAUGAUGCUGCAUGCGCUAUUCGUUGCCUCACUCUUGGCAAAGCAGGAGGAUGGUGCGACAGGCACAAAGUGUGUAACUGCAGAAAAUAAAAUAAUAUAAAAGAUUUAUAAAAA